AUGACCGGACACGGAGAAACUAAGGGCGGCAAUGCCACGUCCAACCCAAGUGUGACGGCGGUCACUGCACUCUCGCGAGGCGAUCUCGAGGAAUACAUCCCUGACAACAUUUUUGCCCGAAUCACAUCUGCCCCUCCAGAGACGCAGAAUCAGGACGCGCAGAGUGACCCCACACGCUCGAUGAGCCUUGAGGAGCUUGACCAGUUCAUGGCGGCAGUGACCCCUGCGAAGGCACUUGAUCAGCUCAUCUAG